AUGAAUUCACCCCAUAAUUCAGUGCUUCUCUACGGUUAUUCUGCAAGCCCUUUCGCCAUUAAGAUCCAAAAUGUUCUGGUUUUGAAGAAGAUUCCUUACGAUCGCGUGAAUGUUCCGAACACGCUCCCCCGGCCAGAAAUCACUGAACUGCUUGGUAUUGGUUAUCGAAAAAUUCCCCUCUGUGCCAUCGGCAACGAUGUUUACUGCGAUACAAGCCUCAUUGCCUCUGCACUGGAUCGUCGUUUCCCGGCCAGCCAAGGUUUCGGGACGCUCUUUCCACCAAGGAAACGCGGCGGAACAGCAGACACAGGUCUUAUCAAGGCAUUGUCAAAGCACUGGGUCGACAAUGUUGUGUUUCCUUUAGCACCGGCUCUGCUGCCCUGGGAGCGAUUCCCCAAGGCAUUCGUCGACGACAGAAGUGCACUCGCUUCUUCUACAAUAAAUGUCGCUGGUAUUCUAGCUUCCCGCGAGAAAACGAUAAGUGCCCUUGCGAGCCAUCUGUUCAACAGUCUCUUGUCGAAGAACAACUCUUGGAUGGCCGAGAAUGGUUAUUUGACACAGAGCUCCCCCUCCUUGGCAGACAUUUCUGUUCACUUUGUCUUUGGUUGGGCCAGAUCGCUACCAAAUGGUCAAAAGCUGUUCGGAUCGUUUCCCCGCUCGCUCAAGUGGCUGGACAGCGUCAACGCAUACCUUGAAGAGCUCAAGGCUGGCUUGCCAGUGCCACAAAAGAUCCCUGCAUCUGACGCUGCCUCUCGCAUCCUGUCUGCUGAAUUUGAGCCACUCGAUGUAGUUGGCUUUGAUACCCUUGAGGCCACUAGGUUGGGACUGAAGCUUGGGAUGCAAGUCGCACUUAGCCCCGAAGAUAACGGACGCAAUUAUCCGACAGUCGGAAAGUUAGUUGCCCUCAAUCGUGAGGAAUUUGCCAAGGCAAAAGCAGCGGCAACGUCGCAGGGCAAAGCAGCAAAGAAGAAGAAGUGGUCGAAGGGAAAGGUCAAGGACAAGGCCCAACAUGCUGUCGUUCUCGACAAGGCCACAUACGACCGUAUCAUGAAGGAAGUCCCGACCUUCCGCUUCAUCUCCCAAUCCAUCCUCAUUGAGCGCCUGAAAAUCAACGGCUCGCUCGCCCGCGUUGCUAUUCGCCACCUCGAGAAGGAGGGAACGAUAAAACGAAUUGUCCACCACGCUUCCCAACUGGUCUACAGCAUCGACGUUGGAACCGGGUCGGCUCGUGCUGCUCUCAUUUCUGCUACCGGCGAUGUUGCUGCGUCAGCUACAGUCCAUACGCUCACUUGGCGCGAUUCUGAGGAUCACAGAAUCUUUGAGCAAUCGACCACCAACAUCUGGAACGCGAUAGCAUCUGCCACCAAACAGUGCCUUUCGACUUCAAAUAUACCUCCAGAGGCCGUAAAAGGCAUAGGCUUUGAUGCAACUUGCUCGUUAGCCGUCGCAGACUUCAACGGAACUCCACUUCAAGUCACCAAAGGCUCCGAUCUCGGCUUACCAGGCGAACGCAACAUCAUCCUCUGGGCAGACCACCGCGCCGAAAAACAGGCAGACAUUAUCAAUGCCUCUGGUUCAGUAGUUCUGGACUAUGUUGGGGGCACCAUGAGCCUUGAGAUGGAAAUCCCCAAGAUUUUAUGGCUUAAACAACACAUGGACGGGAAUCGUUUCUCAUCUUGCCAGUUCUUCGACCUUCCUGACUUCCUCACCUACCUUGCGACCUCUUCCCGCACCCGCUCUUGUUGCUCGCUCACGUGCAAAUGUUCCUUCCUGCCAUCCGCCAGCGGUUGGGACGCGUCGUUCUUCACCAAAAUCGGCCUCGAAGAGCUCAUCCAAGACGGGGCCUAUCCGCAAUUGGGAGGAGCACACAAAGAUGUUCUCACUGCCGGUUUAGCGGUUGGGAGUGGUUUAAGCAAGAAGGCUGCUGAGGAACUGGGGUUAUGCGAAGGCACUCCCGUGGGCAGUGGUGUGAUUGAUGCAUAUGCUGGGUGGCUUGGAACUGUCGCGGUCAGUGUUGAAGGCGACCACAAGCCGACUCUGUCCGACUCGCAACAUCGUCUCGCAGCCGUCGCUGGUACUAGCACGUGCCAUCUCAUCCAAAGUCCCGAGGGUGUGUUUGUGAAUGGUGUCUGGGGGCCAUAUAAAGAUGCCCUUUUCCGCGGAUGGUGGAUGAAUGAAGGUGGCCAAUCGUCGACAGGGCAACUGAUCGACUUCGUUUUAACAACCCACCCCGCAUAUAACACCCUUGUCGAAACUGCGAAGGAGCAGCAGAAGAACAUCUAUGCCAUCUUGAUUGAAACUCUGGAGAGGAUGCGCAUCGAAGAAGGCGCCGAGACGCUCACCGAACUGACCAAAGACAUGCACUUGUAUCCCGACUUCCACGGUAACAGAUCCCCUCUGGCUGACCCCCGUAUGCGUGGGGCUUUAAGUGGGCUCGUCCUUUCUUCGUCCUUGACUGAUCUCGCCCGGCGCUAUUACCUCGCCUUGCAAGCUAUUGCUCUGCAAACUCGGCACAUUAUUGACACACUAGAAUCUGCCGGCCACAAUGUCCAACUGAUCGCCCUCUCUGGUGGCCAGGCCGUCAAUGCGGCCCUCGUCAGCCUGCUGGCGAAUACCUGCGCCAAGGGUGUCGUGCUCCCGCCAAGAGGCGCUGAGGGUGGAGCCGUUGUCCGUGGUGCAGCAAUGUUAGGUCGUUUUGCCGCUGAGGCCGGUGACACUGCGAAAGCAAUGACAGAGGAAACACAAGGCAACGUGCUUUGGGAAAUCAUGGUGGACAUGACCCCGUCUGGCACGCUCGUUGCCCCAAAUGCAUCACAGAAAGAGGACCGCCUCCUGAAGGCCAAGUACAAGAUCUUCCUUGAAACAAUUGAGAUCCAAAGACGAUGGAGACAGGAAAUGGAGGAGGCUGCGAAGUAG